AUGACCCAGACCUCCGAGAGCCGAACCUCCAGCCUGUCCAGUGAUCUCAAGCGUUGUGCUCUCCUCCAGCUUCUUGCAAACUCUCUGGUGCUGACCCAAACGGCACCAUACCUCUCCUGCCAAGAUGUCCUGAAUCUCGCUGCCACCUCCCGUGCCUUUCGCUUCUUGGUGUACCGCACUCCCCAUGUCUUCCGUCGCCUGGACCUCGAGAAUGUGAAGAAGGCCCAGGAGAACCUGACGGUCGGCUGGACCGACGGCGUCGAGAGCCAGUACGCGACUGCUGAGGACUACUACUCCCGUCCCCUCCGUAACAUCUUCGCCGCCCUCCAGCGCCUCGACAUCUUGAGGGAUGUCCAAAUCCUCUCCCUCGACGGCCUUUCGGUCACGGCCGAGCUCGUCCACGACAUCCUCAAUGACCCCGCUUUCAACGUCCGCAUCCUCUCCAUCCGCGACGUCAAGAACCUCAACGAGCACAAGCUGCGCGCCGCCCUGCAGUACGCUUGUCGACCCUCUCGUCCCGAGGGAAUGCCCCGUCUGAAGGGGCUGUACUAUUUCGGCGCGCGCGACCCCAAGCCUAAGUCUCUGUCUUCUUCCCCUGACUCAAGCGCUUCUUCUUCCUCCACCCGGAGCCCAGCUAGCCUCUCCUCCACAACCACCAACCACUCCUCACCCUGGCCCCUUCACCACGCCCUCUCCCUCACCCUUUCCUCCGACCUCGAGCCCUGGUGGCAACGCCGCGGUCGCCAACUCCCCCAGUCCCAAAUCUCUCCCGAAUGGGCCGACACCUUGCGCGCAUGCACAGGCAUCAUCGCCUUCGAUGCCGUUCUGUGCACCGGGCCCCGCCACCUCAAUUCCCCUGCUUGGGGAACCAUCGAUAUGGAAGCUUUGAAUGCUGCCGCGGCCAACCCGAACGCGACUAUGGUGAAGCCGUUUGCCGUGGCGAGUUAUAGUUUGGGCCCGUGUGAAGGGUGUGGGGCAGCCCCAGAGGGGCUGAUUACCUGGGGGGAUGAGGAUUGGUGUCUAGGGGGAGAGAGGGAUGAGUUCGGGAGGAGACUGAGUGAGAGUAGCAGUUGUGGGGAGCGCGAUCUCGCCGGAAGAUAUCCCCUGCUUACGCCGGUGCCGAUGCAUAGCGCUAGCUUGAGGGGGGCCAUGUGUCCCGAGGGGGAGCCACAUGUCCAGAGAAGCUGCUGGGAAUGCGGCAUGAACUGCAAGGACUGCAUCGCCGACACCCAACGUACAUGCCAGAUCUGUGGAGGAGGGUACUGCCUGAUUCAUAAUGAGGGGUCGGAUCUCGCUGCUUGCGAUUGGUGCGCAGGCUGGUCUCGUCGCAGGUUUGAUCGCGACUUGUACUGA